GUUUUACGAUGGGUUUCCCGACGAUACUGGAUAAUGGGUGCAGAUGGAUGUGAACGUGACAUAUUGAAGGGAGGUCAAUGUCAGACUUUUUUGUUUCACCACCAAUUCGCUCCCGGGAUAAAUUGUAGCGAAAAAGCUUAUACGCACCAGCUUCGUAUUCGGAACUCACCAAUUUGUUUGAGGACAUUCACACCCUGUUCAAUAUGCUGCCAGUAACUGAUGUACGCUUCGAGCAUUAUCACCCUCCUAAUACUCUUGGAGUUCAAAACUCUACGCCACGAAUCUCUUGGAAGAUCGCACACCACGACACUCGCGGCACACAAAAUGGAUACGAGAUCGAGUUGACCAGGUACGGUCCUAGCCAAGAGGCCCACGACGUAUUGACUGCAAGUCAACAGUCCCAGGAAAAUAUUCUGACUCCAUGGCCGUUCAAAGAGCCUCUGCAGUCUCGUGAGCAUGUAUCAAUUCGUGUUCGAGUCUGGGACGAGCAGGAGGAAAAGAGUCCCUGGAGUGAGCCUGCCUAUCUUGAAGUAGGGCUAUUGCAUCGGUCAGAUUGGACCUGCGAACGCAUCGCCGCCCCGUGGGCUUCAGAAACGACAGGAGCUAGCCCUGAAGACUUGUUCCGCAGGCAAUUUGUUCUUCGCGACUCGCCUGUCAAAGCACGACUCUAUAUCACCACCCAAGGAGUCUAUGAAGCUGAGAUCAAUGGGCAACGCGUCGGUGAUUAUUUCCUCGCUCCGGGAUGGACAUCCUACGAUGGGCGACUCCAGUAUCAGACUUAUGAUGUUAUUUCGCACCUAGUCAACGGUUUGAAUUGUAUUGGAAUUAGAGUUGCAGAGGGAUGGUUCUGUGGCCGUAUUGGGUUUGAAGGCGGACACAGAAACAUAUGGGGUCCUCAUACUGCUGUUCUUGCGCAGUUGGAAGUCACUUACGCGGAUGGGCAAACCUGCAGAAUAGAGAGCGAUGGUUCAUGGAAGGUUAUACAAGGCCCAACUCGCCUGGCGGAGAUAUAUGACGGGGAAAAGUAUGACAUGAUGAUGGAGGUGUCGAAUUGGUCAUCGGUGACGGAUGAAGAGAGUCUGAAAGGUUGGACAAAUGCACAAACGCUGACAUUCCCACCUGAAUCUACACAGCUUGUGGCAGGCUUCGCAGAACCAGUGCGUCGGAUCGAAACCAUAAAUCCUGUCAUAGAGAUCACGACACCAAGUGGAAAAAGAGUCCUUGACUUUGGUCAAAAUCUCGUCGGAUAUUUGCGUCUAUCAGGCAUCAAAGGAUCCAAUGGACACAAGAUUAUCCUUCAACAUGCUGAAGUCAUGGAGAACGAAGAGCUUGGUAUUCGACCCUUGAGAAUAUGCCAAGCGAAGGAUGAGAUCACCCUAAAAGUUUCACAGAAAGAGCUAUGUUGGGAACCAAGAUACACUUUUCAUGGAUUUCGGUACGCUCAGAUUGAUAAUUGGCCCGGUUCCUUUGAUUUAUCCUGUAUCGAAGCUGUCGUGUGUCACACGGACAUGAAACCCGCUGGUCACUUCUCGUGCUCAGACCCGCUACUGAAUCAACUGUAUCGGAAUAUCGUUUGGGGUAUGAGAUGUAACUUUCUUUCGGUACCGACUGAUUGUCCUCAGAGAGAUGAACGACUGGGCUGGACAGGAGAUCUGUCUCUCUUUGGCCCUACGGCAUGUCUCAUUUAUGACUGCUUUAGCAUAUUGAAGAACUGGCUAAUUGAUCUUGCAUAUGAUCAAGAUGUUCUUGGUGGUGUUCCCCCGAUGGUCAGUCCGAAUGCUACUCUCCCAGAUCCCAUCUGGUGUAGAAGAGUGCCAUGCGCCAUUUGGCACGAUGUCACGAUCAUAGCACCAUGGGUUCUUUAUCAGGAGAGUGGAGAUGAGAGCAUCUUGACCCAGCAGUAUGACAGUAUGAUGAAGUGGAUGAAGGUGCUUCCUCGAAUGAAGUCUGGACUAUGGGAUCCCAAACCGUUUCAACUCGGGGACUGGCUUGAUCCCGCAGCGCCGCCAGAUCAGCCAUGGAAAGGCGCGACGGACGCCAAAAUGGUGUCAAAUAUGUUCUUGCUACAAAGUUUAGAUCUCAUGAGCAAAAUAUGUGGCGUGCUGGGACGGAAGGAUGAACAACAGAUAUUCAAUGAGGACUACCAGGCCACACGAGUUGAGUUCCAGCAAGAAUACGUCACACCUCGGGGGCGUCUUACUUCAGAUUCGCAAGCUGCAUACGCACUUGCUAUCUGUCUUGACCUCCUCGACCCAGCGCAACGGGUACGAGCUGGAGAUCGUCUUGUGGAGCUCGUACGCAAGAAUGAGUUCAAAGUCGGCACAGGAUUUGCCGCCACGCCAUUCCUUUGCGAAGCCCUUGCAUCUACUGGCCACAUCCAAGUUGCAUACGCGAUGCUACUCGAAAAAGGCUGCCCAUCGUGGCUAUACCCGGUAACUAUGGGUGCAACCACAGUCUGGGAGAGGUGGGACAGCAUGCUGCCUGACGGUUCUAUAAACCCGGGAGAAAUGACCUCAUUUAACCACUAUGCCUUUGGAGCUAUAGCAAAAUUCAUGUAUGAACGAGUUGCCGGGCUGCAGAGACUUGAGCCCGGAUGGAGGCGAGUUCGUAUCUCUCCCGCUAUUGGCGCUACCUUUUCUCGAGCUGCUGCGUCGCAUGUUUCUCCUCAGGGCACUAUUUCUUUUGAGUGGGAAACGAGCGUUGUUGACGGAGAUCAAGAAGAAUUUGCUAUCAAAGCUACGGUUCCGCCAAACACUGUUGUCGAGAUUAUUCUUCCUGGUUUGGAAAGGAAAGAGGUAAAGAAGGUUGGCUGUGGUGAGUGGACUUUUAGAUCACUCUUUAGAAGAGAGUAUGAGUGGCCUGUUUCGCCGCUGCCACCGAAGGCAUGAGAAGGGAUCUUAAUGGUUAUGACUUGAGUUAUCUAUGGUGUAUAGAAAUACUGUGAUAAGCUGCUUAUAAGCCCAAUGUAGUAGAACUUAAUAAAACCCUACUAAUAUGUAGAAAUCCAGAGAAAGUUCAA